UCAUUAUUAUUAUUACUAUGUUUAUAUAUGCAAUAAUGAUAACUUAUAUUAAUUUCAAAACACAAACUUGUUCUCAUAUACUAUCUCACUUCACAAUCACCUCUAUUGAUUUUCUGGUUUGAUGCUGGUUCGAAGCUAAGAGACAUCGUUUCUGAUCUACGCAACAUGGACUUUGCAGCAGGAUAUAUUGCCAAAGCACUUUUUCGAUGUGGCGCUACAGUGUUCCAUGAUAAAUUUGAAGGCUUUAUGGAAAUAGAAACAGAAAAGGGUAGGUUGAUUUCAAAUCGAGAAUUUGUGCAAGUAAAAGAAACAGACAUGCUCAUACAAGAGAUGGAGAAUCUCAAUUUAGAAGCAAGAGGAGCACAAGGGAAUGAAUUUCAGAAAUUGGUGAUAGAAAUAACUAUACUCAAUAUGAAAUGCGAAUUUGACCCGUUUUCAAUUCAAAUUCCAAGUUUAGAACAAUUCUCUUAAAGGAAUAUCGUUUGUUUUGAGUGGCACUGCAAGAUGAUAAUUCUUCUAUCAUUGGAUUGUAUUUGUUACCUCUAAUCAAUAAAGUAUUUUCUCUACUCA